UCCUAUUGCUUGAAAAAAUGAUUUGAUUCAAAACCAGUGUAUCGUUGAUUAAAAUUUACAGUUUUAAUUCAGAAUUUUUAACCUUAAAAAUCGAAAUCUUAGAUUCCUUGUCAAUUCAAAAAUAUUGAUGACGAAUAAUAAAUAGCAGGUUGAUAGGAAAAUAACAGUAGUAUUCAGCAUGUCGAUUUCUGCUAAUAUACCUUUAGUUGGGGCAAUUCUUCUGCCAAAUUUAGGUGGUUUUGCUGGUGGAUUCAUCACAAGGAAUAAUUUGAGACCUUGGUAUGAAAAUUUGAAAAAACCUGACAUGAGGCCCCCCAAUUGGGCUUUUGGACCUGUAUGGACUUCCAUAUAUUCUAGUAUAGGAUACGCCUCAUAUCUUGUUUACAAGGAAGGAGGUGGUUUUGGAGGCCCUGCAAAAUUGCCACUGAUACUAUAUGGAACAAAUCUUUUGGCAAACUGGGCUUGGACGCCGAUUUUCUUUGGAGCUAAACAAUUAAAUCUGGCUUUAUAUGAAAUCAAUCUAAUUACGGCUACAGCAGUAGCAACAGGAUACAUGUUCUACCAAAUUAAACCUCUAGCUGGUUAUCUCUUUAUUCCUUACGUAGCUUGGUUGGGUAUUGCUACAUGGUUGAAUUACAGUAUAGCUAGAGAUAAUCCAUCUUCUGUAACUAUUACAGAACUUGAUAAAGACGAAUAAAUUCAGUAUUCAUGUAUUGGAACGUGGAUUUAUUUAUUUUCUUUUAAGAAGUAAUUUUAUAUAUUUGGUGAAAAAUAUUGUCAAACAUCAUUAAACUUUUAUCUUUAUCUGUU